CCUCCGUCCAAUUCCUACAGGACGGCAUCGAAGCGCUCUCCCGCGCUGGAAUCGAGACUGAAGAAUGCCCAAUAUGCCUGGAAGUUUUAGCACCCUUCCAAAUAGUAGCUACCGACGCGACGACUUCGGACACCGUCCACCAACCCAUUCGAAUAAAAAGAUGCGGUCAUUCCUUUCACCGCCAAUGCCUCUAGCGGUGGCUGCUCAACAAGGAACAAGGGACUUGCCCAAUCUGUCGCAUGGAGCUCUUCUCAAUUAUAACAGACCAAGACCGAGAGUUGAUACGGCUGGUUGAGCAAAGCUUCAAUAUUAUCACCUUCACGUUCAGGAAUCUGGACGCAGACUACCGUCGCCGGGUCAGAGGGUUGCUACCAGCACCUUUUGCGGAAAUCAUCGACGGGCUGUUGAAUACGCCUCCGAUGGCCUCACCCCAUCUUACGAGGAGCGAAUCUACGAUAGC